GCUUCCGUCAGGAGGGAAGGAAGGGAGUCAGGGACCUAUUUCUUUCUUUCAAAUCUGGAAGGAAAAGCCUCUGUGUGUGUUGCCUUUCCUAGGAAGCCUUCCUUUCCUGCCUUGACUGCAGUGAACAGAAGAAUUGUAUGGGGAUUGAAAAUUUCCACUUUUCCAAGCAUGCCAUCACCCACACUUAAUCCCAGCCCCAGCCGAAAUCUGUGUUCUCUCUGCCGUCUGCUUCUCAAGAGGUACCAAGAUGCUCCUGCUGACACGAAGUCUUACUCCCAAGCUAGCAAGCCUGGCCCCCAUGGCCAAGUGGGGAAAAUGGCUCACCUGAAAAAUAGGGCAGAGAAACAGAAACGGCAAUGGGAGAGACUUGAAUCCAUCGAAGCGGGGCUGGCUGCUGAGCUGAAGGAUGAGCACCCGAGACAAGGAAAGGGCAGAGCUGUGAGAGACAUGGUUCAGUAUGACAUUCCAACUGUAGCUGGGGAAAAGAAAGAUACAUCAGGGCCUCUGCCCACUUCCUAUAGCCCACGCUAUGUUGAAGCUGCUUGGUAUGCUUGGUGGGUGAAAGAAGGCUUUUUCAAACCAGAAUACCAGCAUCAUUUGUCACAUCAGAAGCCAGAAACAUUUUCUCUCUCUAUUCCCCCACCUAAUGUCACAGGCUCCCUGCACCUGGGCCAUGCUUUGACUGUGGCUAUUGAAGAUGCUUUGGUUCGGUGGAAAAGGAUGCAAGGAUAUAAAGUCCUGUGGGUUCCAGGUUCAGAUCAUGCUGGAAUCGCCACUCAGGCUGUGGUAGAAAGAAAAAUCUGGAAGGAACAGAGAGUCCGACGACAAGAGCUUACACGAGAGAGGUUCCUCCAAGAAGUCUGGCACUGGAAAGAAGAAAAAGGGAAUGAAAUAUUUCAACAGCUGAAAGUGAUGGGAGCAUCAUUGGAUUGGGACCGUAUGUCUUUUACCAUGGACUCUAGAUUCUCCCAAGCAGUGACUGAGGCCUUUGUGCGACUGCAUGAACAAGGUCUGAUAUAUCGGGAUAGACGCCUGGUGAACUGGUCAUGUGCUUUGCAAUCAGCCAUUUCUGACAUUGAGGUGGAAAACAGGCAACUUGCUGGACGGACGGAGCUCUCUGUGCCUGGCAUCCAGGGCAAAGUAACAUUUGGGGUCUUGGAGAUGUUUGCAUAUAAGGUAGAAGGAGAGGAAGGUGAGGAGCUUCUUGUGGCUACUACCCGCCCAGAGACCAUGUUAGGAGACGUGGCUGUUGCUGUCCAUCCAGAUGACCCACGGUACACACAUCUCCAUGGGAAGAGGCUCUGCCAUCCAUUCACUGGCCGUCUCAUUCCUGUCAUUACAGAUCCCUUGGUGGAACGGGAGAUGGGCACAGGGGCUGUGAAAGUAACACCAGCACAUAGCUAUGCUGACUAUGAACUGGCUCGUGAACACAGAUUGCCUUUCAUUUCGGUUAUUGCAGAAGAUGGUUCAAUGACGGCAGAGUGUGGGGAAUGGUUACAGGGCCUGAAUAGGUUUGUGGCACGAGAGAAGGUGUUGACUGCUUUGAAGGAGAAGGGUCUUCAUCAGGGUGCAAAAGAGAAUCCUUUGAUGCUUCCUCUUUGCAGCCGUUCUGGGGAUGUGGUUGAAAUUCUCCUAAAGAACCAGUGGUUUGUCCAGUGUGAAACGAUGGCUCACAAAGCCUUAGAGGCUGUGGAAUCUGGAAACCUGAAGUUAACGCCUAAAUAUUAUGAGAAGAAUUGGAGGACUUGGCUCUUGAGUAUCAGGUACAAAGAGAGCAGUCCAAUCUCCCCGCCCUUCUUACCCUUUUGACUUGAGUAUACAACUUUUGAUAGACUAAUCAGGACCUCUGUUAGAAAGGGCUGGUUCAAACAAUCAGUUUUACAUAUGAAGCUCCCUUGUGCUCUUAGUCUGUUUGCUUAACUAAUACAAUAUUGUUUACUCUGACUGGUAGUGGCUCCCUAGAGGAUUACAAUCCAUUCUGAAAAAGAGUUUUUGGCCCGUUACAAACGGGCACCCUAGUAU